GGAGCCCAGCGCAAUGGUUGAGGUCCGUGAGUUGUGAUCGGCCGGAGAGGAGCUCCACCUUGGAGAAGCUCCCGCCCAGCCGAAGCAGGCCCAGCCUUGACAUGGCCUACUCCGCCAGCCCGCCGGCGCCGGCACCGGCGGCACCAGCGGCACCAGCGCCGACCACGCCGCAGGGCUUGGGCGACGUGUCCCAGCUGCAGGACGCCCUGGCUCAAGCUCUGUGUGGCAUCGAAGGUACGCCAGGGGUUUAUGGGCAGGAGAUUGUUGGCACCGAUUUCAGGGAAGCAGCCACCGUGGCUAGUGAGGCGUCUUGGACGACUAGGACUCCUGAAGAAUGCCCACGGCUCAAGAUGAAGGGCUCCAAAGGACCCAAAGGGCCGCCCAAAGGAGCCAGCAGAGGUGGUGGCUACACCGAAGGAGAUGACGAGGAUAUCUUGGAGCAAUUCUGCCUUUCCAGGCGGAGCCUCACUUGCAGCGGGCCAUAUCGCUUGGCGGUGCACCGGGGCGAGAGUGAGAAGGGAGGCGAGUAUCACUUCUGUGUCCAGACGGGCAAGCUCGAUGCCGUCAACGAUGAUGGGAGGACUUUGAUUGGAUAUUUUUCUUCACACGCCUGCGUCGAAUCUCCCAUCACAGUUGACAGGUCUGCAGAAGUUCCUAUGCCUUCUGUGGGUGUUUUGAGUUCUGAGGUCAUGAAAGAAAUCCAAGAUCCUGCGAAUGCCGGAGCCUUUGUGGUGCUUCCAUCGCAAUUCAACGGCGUGGAGUUUCCGUCGCAUUGUUCCAUCGUGGAAAGCGUUGAGGAUUACAAGUACGACCAUACAGGUGGACCGUGUGGGCAGUUGGCAGUGCAUCCGGGCAUCGCCCAGUUCCUGUUGGACAAUUGCUCCACCGAUCGUCGGCCGGGUGGUAUCGAUGCCACACGCCGAGUGGUGAGAAAGGUCAAUGGACUGUUGAGAGAGAGAGGAAUCAGCAGCAAGAAACACAUGUUCAGUGUCGUGAACGGCUAUUUGAAGAUGCCGGUACCCGAUAGCAAUGAGGUGGCUGAAACGGCGAUCUCGGCGCUGGCGGCGGCGCUUCCUGCGCUGCAGCUGCUGCUGAUGCGUGACGCCCUGGCGGCGGGACUUGCGCCAAACAAGACGGAAUUCUGCUCUCAAAGUCACCGGGUCAAUUUGGUCUAUGCUUCAGCAGUGCCCGUGAACGCCUAUGUCAACGGAAUCGGCGCUGUCGCCAAGGACUUUGGAGACGCUCAAACGCACGAGUUCCAGCGCCAGAUUUCGGAACUCUUCCUGGUUGCUCAGUAUCAUGGAGCCCUACGCCUUGCAAGCGAGGCGGCGCGCAGCAGUGGACGCAGGAGCAAAGUUCUCCUGAUGCCCUUAGGUGGUGGGGCGUUCAAAAACUCAUGGGAGUCUAUUGUGAAGAGCAUGGCUUUGGCGACCGAGUUACUUGGCCCAGCUGAUCUGGACGUGCAGGUUCUUGUCCUGGAGGGUGGCCGGGCCGGCAGCGAUGAGCGGCCAGCGGAGUUGAGAGUGAAGGAACUGUUGCAGAAACACAAAAAACUGAGAGAGGUGGACAGCAAACCAGAUGUCAUCGGUCAAAUGACCCUGGUCUCUGAUUGGAAGGACGCCGAAAGACUGCCGGGAGCGAAUGAAGAGGUGCCGUGGUUUUUGUUUGCCGUGCUUGGUCAUGAAAUUUGGAGACAUUGGAUGCUGACACAAGAGCUCCUGGUCCAACCAGCCAUGGCAGCCAUGGAGGGAGUGGAGGAUUUAGAGCCGACCCCCGAAGGCGCUGCCAGAACCUGGACCUGGAGCGUCUUCGCCGGGGCCUGGGCGACCAUGAUGGUGAAUGCGGGGACUUUCUCCAGUGGUGCUGCGGUGCUGAGUUUGGGUCUGUCAGUGCCAGAAACCUUAUUCGCACAGAGCAUCGGUACCGUGCUGCUGGUGAUCGGCUUAACCCUCAAUGCUGCGGCCGGAGUCAAGUAUGGUAUCCCCUUCCCCGUCUUCGCACGUAGCUCAUUUGGCAGCGCCGGCGCGCAUUUCUGCACGCUCUCCAGGGGAGCUGUGGCCAUCAUGUGGCUCUCCUUCCAGAGCUGGCAGGGAGCAUUAGGUAUCUAUACGUCCUUGGAGAACCUCUUGGGAUCAAGCUCCUUGGAGGGCUGGGGUCAUCUGGGAAAACACCUCAACGUGUCCAAACUGCUGAUCUUCAUCCUAUACCUGGCCGUUCACGCACUCCUGAUCCACCUGGGACCCUCCAAGCUCAAGAAGUGCAUCUACCUGGUCCUCCCCGUGGUCAUUCUGGGCAUCUUGGGCAUCGCCAUUUGGGCCGCGUUUCUUGCGUCCUUCCAGGAGGCGCUGGAGGCGGCCGAAGAACGACCCCCCAUGAGCAUCGGCAGUAAGACCGUGGCCUUUAUGGCUGCCGUGAACUCCAGUAUUGGCACAUGGUCCACUUUGCUGCUGAAUGUCUGCGAUUUGAGCCGCUUCUCCCCAACGCAGAAGGAUCAGGUGUUGGGCCAAUCCUUCGGUAUCCCGGUGCCCUUUGUGCUCACUCUCUUCAUUGGGAUGUGGUUGGCGGGGGCCACCACCGUCGCCUAUGGCAAGGCCGUCUGGCAGAUUCCUGAGUGCUUCGCCUACUGGCACCCAGUGGUCAGCGUGGUGGCAGCCAUUUUGUUGGCAUUGUCCAGUUUGUUGGUGAACGUCUUGGCGAACAUCAUUUCACCCAUCAACGACUUGAUGAAUUUGGCGCCCAAAACCUUCACCUACCGUGGCUGUGGCUACGUGGUGCUCAUCUUGUCCUUGUUGGUGUGUCCCUGGUGGACCUUCUCGGGGAAGGUGAGCUUCGUCCUCAACUUCUUAACGGGCUAUGCCAUGAUCACCGGGGCCAUUGCGGGCGUCUUCCUGGCGGAUUAUUGGAUUCUCAAGAAGGGAUGCCUGGAUCUCAACGAACUCUAUUCCUCCACGGGAGUCAAUUGGAAGGCUUUGCUCAGCGUUUUUUUGGGCGCGGCUCCCUGCAUGCCUGGCUUCAUCAAUGCGCUUUUGGUGCAUGGUGAGGAAAAUCUGGUGAGUCCAUUUUGGGCCCAUCUCUAUUCCGGCGGCUCCUGCUUGUUUUCUUUGGGAGCAUCUGGAAUUGCCUACCUCAUCUUGAGCUCUUUCUUCGAGAGCAAGAAGAGCCUCAAAGAGACUGACUUUACUUCCGAAACUGCCAUUUGAACAUUUGAGGCCAGCCGCAUCACUUCCUUCAGCGCGGCUCGUUUUUGAUACAUCCAAAAAAGCGCCAAAAUUGCUUUCUGGUAGUCCAGACGCCACUGAGCCAGUGCAGAGCCAGCUGGUUUGGAGUCUUUUUGGAUGUGUGUAUAGUUGGUCUGCGAUGAGCUCAGAUCCCAGGGUCCCGGUUUCUGGGUAGUUUAAGAAAAGUCUCUUUGAAAAGAAUGGCUGGAAGUCUCUUUUGGAUGGUUACCACUGGUGGUGCUGAGGAACACUGUGUGAAUCGCG